GUCUAUCUCUGACGCUUGGUAACCUUGCUAAUCCCUUCCAGACUCUGGGCUUGUUCCCCCUCUUUAAGGUGAGGCUCCUGGCAGUCCUGAGGACGCUUCUCCGGGCGCCGUAGGCUGGGGAUUGAAUCGAGCACUCCUAGGACUGGUGGGGAGUGAGCUCCCUGCCGGCUGGUGCCAGCUACUUGCUCAGGGUGCCAGGAGAAAGGGCGCGCUCCUGUCUCCCCGCUGCCCUCAGGAGUUUCCCGGAAACCGGCUGCCUUGCGGAGCUGGGCCGCGCUCCGCGUGUGGUCGCCUAAACUCCGGAUCCGAAAGGGCAGCGGAGGGAACCCUGCCCGGGGCAAGGGCUGGGGCCACGCGGAUAGAGAAGGCCGAGGGCCGACCUUUCCAAGACCUUGCUCUCCGACCUCCCACGUGGGGCCCAGGUCCCGGGAAUCAGCGCUUGGGCUAUCAGGAAACAACUCAGUGCUCGGGAGCAGAGCUUCCUCCCGCGCUCGCAGGCGGCACAGCUGAACCAGCCUGAAGCCCCGGCUGGGUCUGCAGCUGGGCGCACCGGAGCACCAGGCGGGGACAGCGAGAAGCCCCGCCCCCGCCGACCCGGCCGCCCUGCCCUCUCCAGCGACUAGCCUGGGAUGGGGGUGUGGUCCCGAGUCUGCUGUGGCAUCGAGCUUUGCUCGGAGCUCCUGGGAACGCUCCAACACCCGCGGCCGGUUUCCCCGGGAACGGUCUCCGGCAGCGCGCCCCAGUCUGCCGGACACCCGGGAACGUUCUGACACGUGGGAGAUGCCCCAGACGCAAGACACUGUCCGGAGAACACCCUUACCACCCCUUACUGCAAGCUGCAGAGUAGUGGCGGGAAGCAUGCGGGACUACGACGAGGCGACCGCCUUCCUUGGCGAGUGGGGACCCUUCCAGCGCCUCAUCUUCUUCCUGCUCAGCGCCAGCAUCAUCCCCAACGGCUUCAAUGGUAUGUCGGUAGUGUUCCUGGCGGGGACCCCGGAGCACCACUGCCGGGUGCCGAGCACCGCAAACCUGAGCAGCGCCUGGCGCAACCACAGUAUCCCCGUGCGGCUGCAGGAAGGUCGCGAGGUGCCCCACAGCUGCCGCCGCUACCGGCUCGCCACCAUCGCCAACUUCUCAGCGCUCGGGCUGGAGCCGGGGCGCGACGUGGACCUGGAGCAGCUGGAGCAGGAGAACUGCCUGGAUGGCUGGGAGUUCAGCCAGGACGUCUACCUGUCCACCAUCGUGACCGAGUGGAACCUGGUGUGUGAGGAAGACUGGAGGACGCCCCUCACCACCUCCCUGUUCUUCGUAGGCGUGCUCAUUGGCUCCUUUGUGUCUGGGCAGCUGUCAGACAGGUUUGGCAGGAAGAACAUUCUCUUCAUGACCAUGGCUGUGCAAACCAGCUUCAGCUUCCUGCAGAUUUUCUCCAUCAACUGGGAGAUGUUCACCGUGCUAUUUGUCAUCGUGGGCGUGGGCCAGAUCUCCAACUACGUGGUAGCCUUCAUACUAGGAACAGAAAUUCUUGGCAAGUCAGUUCGUAUUAUAUUCUCUACGUUAGGAGUGUGCACAUUUUUUGCAGUCGGCUACAUGCUGCUGCCACUGUUUGCUUACUUCAUCAGAGACUGGCGGAUGCUGCUGCUGGCGCUGACGGUGCCGGGGGUGCUGUGCGUCCCGCUGUGGUGGUUUAUUCCUGAAUCUCCCCGGUGGCUGAUAUCCCAGAGAAGAUUUAAAGAGGCUGAAGAUAUCAUCCAAAAAGCUGCAAAAAUGAACAAUAUAGAGAUACCAGCGAUGAUAUUUGAUCUUGCAGAGUUGCAGGAGCUAACCACUCUGAAGCAGCACAAAGUUUUCAUUCUGGACUUAUUCAAGACUGGGAAUAUUGCCACAAUGACCAUUAUGUCUGUACUGCUAUGGAUGCUAACCUCAGUGGGUUACUUUGCUCUUUCUCUUGAUACUCCUAAUUUACAUGGAGAUCCCUACCUGAACUGUUUCCUCUCUGCCUUGAUUGAAGUUCCAGCUUAUAUCACAGCCUGGCUGCUACUUCGAACCCUACCCAGGCGUUACAUCAUAGCUGGGGUGCUGUUCUUGGGAGGAGGUGUGCUUCUCUUAAUUCAACUGGUACCUACAGAUUACUACUUCUUCUCCAUUGGUCUGGCCAUGUUGGGAAAAUUUGGGAUCACCUCUGCUUUCUCCAUGCUGUAUGUCUUCACAGCAGAGCUCUACCCCACGCCCAUCAGGAACAUGGCUGUCGGGGUCACAUCCAUGGCCUCCAGGGUGGGCAGCAUCAUCGCGCCCUACUUCGUUUACCUCGGUGCUUACAACAGACUUCUGCCCUACAUUGUCAUGGGCAGUCUCACUGUCCUGAAUGGAAUUAUCACCCUUUUUUUCCCUGAAAGCCUGGGAAUGACUCUACCAGAGACCUUACAACAGAUGCAGAAACUGAAAGGGUUCAGAUUGUGGAAAAAACAAAGGCAAUCAAUGGAGAGAGAAGAAAAUCCCAAGGUUCUAAUAACUGCAUUCUGAUAAAAUUUCUACACCAUUUGGUAACCUGGAAAACUGCUAUAUAAGACCCCAUGAACAGAAACUUUCCUGCUGAAAUGGAUCAACUAUAACAAUUAACACUAAAAUGGACUUUGCCAUCAAAAAAUGCUUGUCAGGUAGUAAACUUUGGACUGUUAUUCUAGAUAAUGUCCUUGUUUUUAAAAACAAACUGUUUUUAAUGAUUUAAUGAAAUGGGUUUGUAAGUUUUUUUUGUUUUGUUUUGUUUUGUUUUUGAGACAGUGUCUUACUCGGUUGCCCAGGCUAGAGUGUCAUGACAUCUGCCUGGCUCACAGCAACCUCAAACUCCUGGGCUCAAGCGACCCUCCUGCCUCAGCCUGCUGAGUAGCUGGGACUACAGGCACACCAUAAUGCCCUGAUAAUUUUUCUAUUGUUAGUAGAGACGGAGUCUUGCUCUUGCUCAAGCUGAACUUGAACUCCUGAGUUCAAGUGAUCCUCCAGCCUCGGCCUCUCAGAGUGCUAGGAUUAUAGGCGUGAGCCACCUCACCAGGCCUAUAAGAUAUUUUUGGAAAAUAUCUUAGCAAAACACUGGUAAAACACAUAUAAAGAUUAACACUCAUUUCGUAACAUUAUAAAUACUACCCAAAUAAAAAGAAUGUCACUGUAUUAAGACAACUAUUAGGUGACAACAUUGUGUGUGUAUGUACACAUGAAAAUGUGUGGGUCAACUAGCACAUUCAAAAUUAUAGUAGGGUUUGUUGUUGUUAUUGUUGUUGUUUGAGAGAGAGUUUCUCUCUAUUCCCUGGCCUAGAGUGCCCUGGCAUCAUCAUAGCUCACAGCAAGCUCAAACUCCUGGCCUCAAGCAAUCUUCCUGCCUCAGGCUUCCAAGUAGCUGGGACUACAGAGAUGAGGCACCAUGCCUAGCUAUUUUUUCUAUCUUUUUGUAGAGGCAAGGUCUUGCUCUUGCUCAAGAUGGUCUCAAACUCCUGGCCUCAAGCGAACCUCCUGCCUCAGCCUCCCAGAAUGCUAGGAACCACUGCCCCAACCCUAUAGUAAUUUUAAAAAUGAAUUCAGAUACUGUUAUAGCCAAAUGAUUACUUGCAGUAUUCCUAUCCAAAAAACCUUCUCCACACCUUUGAGAAGAAAUGGUGGCUGCUAGAGGGAAAAAACAAACCAUCUACUCUCAUACUUAAUACAGAAUUAUUUUGUGACCAGAUGUGUGGCGGGGAGGGCUCCCCAUACAUCAUGCAAUUCUCCAACAGCCACUGUAAGUCCUAUAAUCCAAUUUAAUUCUGACACUGUCCACCUAGAUUUAGUGUUAGAUCCCAUGGGUUGAGGGCUCAGUCCCACAGGACUGCCCCCACUUCAGAUGCCAACCACAAAUUGAAGCCACACAUUCUUCUGACCUAUCAAACUACAAACCAUGGUUUCUACAGCUCCCUCCUCAUGUUCAGUUAGUUUGCUGAGAUGGCUUACAAACCUCAGGAAUACUCUUAUAUUUGCUGGUUUAUUAUAAAGGAUUCAGAAGAAUAGCCAGCUGAGGAGGUACAUAGGGUGAAGUCUGGAAGAGUCUCAAGCACAAGAGCUUCUGUCCCAGUGAAGUUGGGGUGUGCCAUCCUCCAAGGGUGUGGAGAGCUCUAUGACAGAAACUGAGAGUCUCACUCUGUGGCCAGACUGGGCAAACUCACAACCUCAAGUGAUCCUUCCUCCUCUGCCUCCCAAAAUGCUGGGAUUACAGGCAUGAGCCACAAUGCCCAGUCUCCAAACAUGCAUAUUUCAUAUUAUUGAUAUAUCCCAAUGGCAGAUAUUAAUAGUAUUUUAUAAGUGAAAUGCAACAAGAGAUGAAGAAGACUGGCUCAUGUGGCCUUUCUGCCUUGAAGAAGGAAGCCAUAAAUCAGGAGGUAUCACGUUAUCAGACUUCAGACUAUACUAUAAAUCUAUACUGAUCAAAACAGCAUGGUACUGGCAUAAAAACAGAAAGGUAGAUUUAUGGAACAGAAUAGAGAAUCAAGAGAUGAACUCCGCAACUUAUUGUCAUUUGAUCUUUGAUAAGCCUAUCAAAAAUAUUCAGUGGGAGAAAGAUUCCCUAUUUAACAAAUGGUGCUGGGUGAACUCGCUGGUGACCUGUAGAAGACUGAAACUGGACCCCCACCUUUCACCAUUAACAAAAAUUGAUUCUCGGCUUGGUGCCUGUAGCUUAAGCAGCUAAGGUGCCAGCCACAUACACCUGAGCUGGCGGGUUCGAAUCCAGCCAGGCCCACCAAAUGACAAUGACAGCUGCAACCAAAAAUAGCCGGGCGUUGUGGCAGGCGCCUGUAGUCCCAGCUACUUGGGAGGCGGAGGCAAGAGAAUCACUUGAGCCCAGGAGUUGGAAGUUGCUGUGAGCUGUGAUGCCACAGCACUCUACCCAGGGUUACAGCUUGAGGCUCUGUCUCAAAAAAAAAACAAAAACAAAAAUUGAUUCUCACUGGAUAAAAGAUUUAAACUUAAAGACAUGAAACUAUCAAAAUACUAGAAGAGAGUGCAAGGAAAACACUUGAAGAAAUCGGCUGGGAGAAUAUUUUAUGAGGAGGACCCCUCAGGCCAUUGAAAAAUACAUUACUGGGAUCUGAUCAAAGUAAAAAGCUUUUGCACAGCCAAGAGCACAACAAGUAAAGCAAACAGACAACCUUCAGAAUGGGAGAAGAUUUUUGCAGGUUAUGCUUCUGACAAAGGUCUGAUAGCUAGAAUCUACAGAGAACUCAAACUAAUCAAUAAGAAAAGAACAAAUAACCCCAUUUCUAUGUGGGCAAGAGACUUGAACAGAAACUUCUCUGAAGAAGACAGGUGCAUGGCCUACAAACACAUGAAAAAAUGCUCAUCAUCUUUAAUCAUCAGAGAAAUGCAAAUCAAAACCACUUUGAGAUAUCAUACAACUCCAGUAAGAUUAGCCCACAUCAAAAAAUACCAAAACUACAGAUGUUGGCAUGGAUGUGGAAAGAAGGGAAACACUGCUGGUGGGAAUGCAAGCUAAUAUGACCUUUUAAGAAAGAAGUUUGGAGAAUAUUCAAGGAACUAAAAGUAGACCUACCAUUCGAUCCUGCAAUUCCUCUAGUCGGCAUAUACCCAGAUGAUCAAAAAUCAUUUUACAACAAACACAUUUGGACCAGAAUGUUUAUUGCAGCCGAAUUCAUAAUUGCCAAGACAUGGAAACAGCCCAAGUGCCCAUCGACCCAUGAAUGGACUAACCAGUUGUGGUAUACGUACACAAUGGAAUACUAUGUAGCCAUAAAAAAGAUGGUGACUUCACAUCUUUUAUGUUUACCUGGAUGGAGCUGGAACAUAUUCUUCUUAGCAAAGUAUCUCAAAAAUGGGGGGAAAGUAUCCAAUGGUCUCAAUACUACUAUGAAAUCAAUAUAUAAUCAUCUACAUAUUCAUGUGAAUGGUAAAAUAUACUAUAGUCCAGAAAGUAGAAGGGAAGAGGAGAGACAGAAGGGAGGGGAUGAGGAUGUGGGAGAAGGGAGGGUAUUUGGUGGGACCUCACCUAACGUGCAUGAUGCAAUGGAACAUUUCAAAACUAUUAAGAAAACAAUAUAAUUGUGAUGGAUAUGUUAGUUUAAUGUAAGCAUUUCACAUUGUAUAUCAAAUCAGUACACUGAACCCCAUAAAUACAUCAAUGUGCAUAGUUAUGAUUUAAUAAAAAAAAUUUUUUUAAAAUACAAAUUUAAAUAAAGGCUGCAGUUUCUAUAGCUACACCUCACAGCCUAUUGAAUGGUCCCUAUUUGUUGCACUUUUGUUGAGCACGACUAGGUCUUCUGUUUCCUAAAACUGGCUUAAGGUAUAUUGUACUGGCAAACAGAAAAUCAGAACAACUGCACAAACCAGUCAGAUUGGUAGAGAUUGUUUCUAUGCCUACAGCCAAGAGUGGUGAGCACCAAGGAAGAAGACAGUGACAGCCAACGAUCUGGAGAGCCUUUUCAGACUAUUCACAGAGUUGGGCGGCAAUAUGUCUUUGUUGUGAAAUGAUCUUGAUCAUCUGAGUAUAUACCUAGUAGAGUAUACUGUGCUUCCUAAGCACAGUAUUCAGCUGUCUCUAGAACCAAGUGUGUGUCAGGUCAGCAACAUUGGAACCUCCAUGCCACGAAAAAACAGCACAAAGAUAAAAGCCACUAAAGGGAUAACAGAUUACCAUAGGCUCAGAAAAUAAAUGUCAACUACGUGUCUCAUUGGGUAUUAGGCAUGCUGAGAUGAUCACAUAGCAAAAAAUUACUCCUGGAAACUUGAGGCAGCAUGCUUUCAUCAAAAGUGGCUGCCUUUUGAAUGAAAGUGAUAAGCUCCGGAUCCUCUAACACAGUGUUUUCAACCUUUUUAAUCUCACGACACACUUGAACCUAUAGUUAAACUUCCAAGGCACACUUAAAUUAUGCUGAUCAAAAAAAAAAAAAGGUAAAAAAUAGAUACUUACUGUGCUUUCUACUUCUUUAGAAAAUAAUUUAAUUAAUGGUCUUUAAAAUUUUUCGUGGCACACUGGGUGAAAAUCACUGCUUUCGCACAGCUAGCGCUGCAGCACACUCAGAAACAGGGAGCCCCUAGUUUUUGAUAUGCUGCUUGGUGGUGUCACCUUUUAAAUACAAUUAUCCUCAAACCCAAAUUUUCAUCAUGUUACAUCUCAAAAAAACCUUCAUUGCAAUGGCUUGAUAAACUCUCUGAAAGGUGACCUUACUCAUAACCUAACAGAGGAAAAUUAACUACCAAACAGAAAGUAAAAGAAAUAAACGCACAGCAUGUAAUUGCCCCUUUGAAGAGAAAAACUUUAAAUGAAAACUUCCUUCAUUUAAUUAAAAUGCCUUUUACUUAACUUGUACUCUCUAAGAUAGGGGUCUCCAACCUGCAGCCCAUGGACCCCAUGUUGAUUUUGUGAGGACUUUGUUAGCUCAUCUGUGGUGUCAGAUAUCACAAAAAGUAUGCAUGGACCUUUUUAUUUCCUAAUCAGCUUUCCUUAGUGUUUGUGUACUUAUUAUUAUUAUUUUUUUUUUUUUUUAGAGACAGAGUCUGACUUUGUCAAUCUCGGUAGAGUGCUGUGGUGUCAGAGCUCACAGCCACCUCCAGCUUUUGGGCUUAGGCGAUUCUUUUGCCUCAGCCUCCCAAGUAACUGAGACUACAGGUGCCCGCCACAACGCCCGGCUAUUUCUUGUUGCAGUUUGGCCAGGGCCAAGUUUCGAACCCGCCACCCUCAAUAUAUGGGGCUGCACUCACUGAGUCACAGGCACCGCCUGUGUUUGUGUACUUAAUGUGUGGCCCAAACCAACUCUUCCUCCAAUAUGCAUCAGAGAAAAAAAGAAAAGAAAAGAUUGGACACGCCAGCCAAGAGUUUGCUUUUUCUGCCUUGAAGAGCCCUAAGCAGAUAGUAGGGAUAUGAGCUCCCAUCUACAACUCUCUGCCACGGUUCCUGCCAAAACUCCCAGAUUUAAAGGACUUAGAUAAGCCAGAAAGAGCAACAAUUUCACCAUCGCUUCCAUUAUUAGCCUACUAAAGCAAAGGAAAAAGGCAAUUUUCACUCUUUAAAACUCCAAACACCUUUCCCUCAGCUGCCCUUUCACUCCUUCCUCUAUAUGCUAUGUCCAUUUCCUUUCUCUCUCUCCCUCUCUCAAAUAAAUAAACUUUGUAUUUCAUCCUAUCUUAAACUUUGAGAAUUCUUUCUCCACCCACCAUUAGCACCUAAAUUUCUACCCUUUCACUGUCAUUAUUUCAAGAUCCUUAUCUUGAACUUUUCUAACUAACUCAGAAUUUUUUUUUCUUUAUUGUCAUAUUUCUAACAUACAUUUUAUAUCCAAAGCAGUAUUCUACUUUUUGAUUGGUAUUUUAAGACCCAUAGAAUAUCUUUUUUUUUUUUUUGACCUAUAGAAUAGCUUAAAAUAGUUUAUGCUUUCUCUUUUUUUUUUUUUUUGAGACAGAGUCUCACUGUGUCACCCUUGGUAGAGUGCUAUGACAUCAUAGCUCACAGCAACCUCAAACUCUUGGGCUCAAGCAAUUCUCUUGUCUCAGCCUCCUGAGUAGCCAGGACUACAGGUGCCUGCCAUAACACCCGGCUAUUUUGAGAGGCGGGGUCUCACUCUUGCUCAGGCUGGUCUUGAACUGCGAACUCUUGCAAUGCACCCACCUAGGCCUCCCAGACUGCCAGGAUUACAGGCAUGAGCCACCGUGCCUGGCCUAAGAUCCAUAGAAUAUCUUAAAAUAGUUUACGCUUUUUCAUUGGGAGGGCAGGUGUACAGCCUCAGCUAUCCAGUGUUUUUAGCACCCCCAUUGCAGACUGGCAAGUCACCUUUCCAUCUACCUGGGCAUCAGGCUGCCUGCCCUGCAUGUCCUUCUAAAGGUCAUGCUGCGUCUUUAGAAGCUGUCCUUGAACUUCCUUCCCUGUGGCAGUGAAUGUUCACUCUUCUGGGCUCCUCUGGUAUUAAUCAUCCUCAGUUGCCUCUGUAUAUAGCUUUAAGCUCUAUUUUGCUUUUUAGCCCCUAUGGUAGUGCUGCUUAGCAUAGUGCUUUUUUGUAUCUAAAGGCAUUUGAUACUUUUUUAAAAAAAGAUUUGGGAUAUUUCUCUGUGUCCUGGGAUGGAGUAUGGUGGUGAGAUCAGAGCUCACUGCAACUUAGAUAGAGCUCCUGGGCUCAAGUGAUCCUCCCACCUCAGCCUCCCAAGUAGCUGGGACUAUAGGUGCAUACCACUGUGCCCGGCUAAUUUUUCUAUUUUUUGUAGAGAUGGGAUCUGGCUAUGUUGCCCAGGCUGGUCUUGAAAUCCUGGCCUCAAGGAAUCUUCCUGCCUCUGUCUCCUAAAGUUCUGGGAUUAUAGGUGUGAGCCAGCAAUCCUAGCCUAAUGCUUAUUUUAAUUAAAAUACCUUUAUAACUCUAGCUUAGUGAAAAUGUUAUGUUCAAUGCAUUGAUAUUAGAAUUUUUGAACAUCUAAAUAUUAAAUACUCCUACAGCUGUUUCUAAAUAUAAAAAAUAAUGGUGUGCUCCAUUAGUUACACAAAAAAUAAAACCAUUUUUAAAGUUAAAAAAAACAACGGUAUGUUAUUAUUAGGUCCAGGCUAACGUAGAAAAAUGCCGGUUAACUUCUGACAAAUUCCUGGGCUGCAAGCCCUCAACAAAAUGGUGUAAGUUCAGUUUGCUCCCAAGAUAGAUGGGAAAGCACUCACUAAUUUCUUGCUUGACUAACUCCUGGGUCUGGAAAUGAACUGACUAUCCCCAGACUGACCUUUAAAGAAUGCCAGGUGGAGAGAAUACUGAGACAAAGAUGUAUGGAGGAAAGUACUGGAACUAAGAUGCCUGGGGAAAUAUUAAAACAAAGAUGUAUGACGUAUGGCUAACUAACCGCAACAUUCUGCUUCUGUACAAUGUUUGCUUGCUGCCCGCCGCCAUCCCCAAUGCACCUGGACAGCCUGCGUGCCAACCAGGGUGCAGACCAAGACUUAAAAACCUGACUCCUUAAACACUCGGGGCUGCCCUCAGAAACCCCAGGUUGGGACCCUGAGGCAGUCGCCGGCCGGCUCUUCAAUAAAAGGACUGUAA